AUGACUUCCUAUCACGGCGGCUGUGGCGCGGGAGGCUCGGCAGGUGAUGAUGGCGCUCCCAGUGCCUCGGCGGCCCGCGCUGGUGCUUCAGGCGGCGGGGAAGACGAGGCGGGAGCGAUAGGGCGCGCCGCGGCAGGCGCCGCAAGGGCAGGCGAGGCCACGUUGGAUGAUUUUUCAGAUGCGCUGGUGGACGCACCGCACUCGCUCUCCGCGGCGGAAACAGCAGCAGCGGCGGAAGCAACAGCAGCGGCAGGAGCGGAUGGUGGUGCAUCGCCUUAUGGUGCCAGUGCGGGUAGCACGGGUGCUGUGAACAGUGUGGAGGAGGGGAUUGAACGAGAGAGGGGGCGAGAGACAGGGGAGACAGGGCAUUCUGGCGUAACAGCAGGGCCAGGAGAGGCAGGGGGAACAGGGGAGGCAGGAAGGACAGAAGAGAUAGCAGAUCGUGUUUCCGAAGCUGAAAAGGUGGCUCGGGAAAUGAGAGCCGCAGAUGCAGCAAUCAACGGCGAGGAUCAGCCGCCGUUCCUGCCGGGCCUCCCAGACGACUUGGCUUGGGCCAUUCUUCUCCGCGUGCCUCGGAGCAACCUGCAGGGUCACAACGCGUGUGUGGCGUUCGACCCGAGCAGCAGCACGUGGCACACACUCCCGCCCAUCCCAGGAGCACAGCAGCGGUCGGUGCUGACACUGCAGUUCGCGGCAGUGAAGGGGCGCCUGCUGGUGGCGGGCGUGGUGGAGAGAGAAGAUCCGCUGGACUCCGCCUCUGGCGUCUUCAUCUACCACCCCGCCCGGAACGAGUGGAAGCGGGCGGCGGCGAUCGGCACGGGGCGGUGGUUCUGCAUGUUUGGAGUGGUGGGCGAGCGGCUGUACGUGGCGGGCGGCAUCGGCACGUCCAACAGCCUGGCGCUGGUGGGAUCCGUGGAGGCGUAUGACGUGGAUGAAGACCGGUGGUGGCAGGUGGGCACAGCAGCGGCGUCAGCACGAGCGGAGCUGAUGACACUACCGGGGUACCAGGCAGUGGUGGGGGGGUGCCUGGUGGCGAAGAACAUCGGGUGGGGGCAGCGCCUGGGAGUGGCCUUCAACCCGCGCGGCAACACCGUCACUGAGCUGCCCCCCGCUAUGGUGCAGGGAUGGCAAGGCCCGACAGCAUCGGUGCAGGGGCACAUGUUUAUAGUAGACUUUGGGGACGACCAUAAGCUGAAGGCCUGGGACCCACACGCGCACGCCUGGACCUGGGUCGGCAAGGUUCGGCUGCCAGCCACAUCCCACAAGCCGUGGGCGGCGCAGCUUGUCUGCUUCCUGGACCACAUUUGUCUUGUUCUGCCGGACCGGUCGCUAGUGAUGGCCCCUCUGCCACCCCUGCUGCGAUCGUUGGGGCAGCAGAGGAGGAGGCGGGAGAGAGAGGGGCAAUCGAGGGGGAGGGGAGAAGAAGGGCUGGUGACUGGUGAAGGGGGGGAAGGCACGAGUGUGUGGGGGGAUGUGUGGAGGAGGGAGGGGGAAGAGGCAGAGAGUGGGGAUGUGUUGUUUGAAGGGUCAGGAAGGAAUGACGAGGAGAGGAGUGGAAAGAGUGAGGGGGAUGAGGAGGCAGAAGAGGAGGAAGAGGAGGGGGAUGUCGAGGAGGUGAUACCGGUGAAGGUGAUACCUGGGCCGGGAGGGGGGGACAAGGGGUCGGAGCUUGUGCUAACAAAUGCAGUGCUGGGCUGCCAGGUGCUCUCCACAUGA